AUGCUCAGGGUGUCGGUGAUUUCAACGCCGAAGACGAAGGCAAUGGCGCGUCAGUACCACAACUGCUCCACGCUUGAGGGCAUUGAGCUGGAGGACGAGGGCGGUUGUGACACUGUACUGUCGCAUUGGAAGAAACGCAACAUGAGGGACGAGAUGAUGACUAGUGAUGUGGGCGUAGGGCUGUACUCGGCACUGACGCUUGCAGCAUUCGAGGACAUGGGUGUUUAUGUGGCAAACUACAGUGCGGCGGAGAUGUUGUGGUGGGGCAACAACUCUGGCUGUGGGCUGCUGGAAAAGAAGUGCUUGACCGACGGCAUCAGCGAAUACCCUGACCUGUUCUGCAGCCAGUUUGACGAAAAUGUAAUGUUCUUCUGCACGUACGACCGUCUUUCCCUGGGGUUCUGUAGGCUGAUGAGGCACGAGGAAGCCCUGCCACAGGAGUAUCGGUACUUCGCUGAUCCCCGAGUUGGCGGUGAUGGCCUCUACAUGAGCAGAUGCCCGUAUGUCAAGGAGUAUUCUAAUGGUGGUUGCACCAACGGCGAUCCUUCAGCAAUGCUUGGCAGUGUCGUUGGCCCGAACUCGCGGUGCGUAAAGGGGCAGGACCUUCAAUUCGACGACAAAUAUAUUGGCGACGUUUGUGUGGACACUCGAUGCGGCGACGGCACAGUGAGCGUGCGGUUCCUUCGUGACGAUGCGUGGCACGAGUGCCAGGAGGGUGAGACCGUUACGCCGCCAUCGGGUCCGUGGCGUGGGAGCGUUGUGUGCCCCCAAUACGCCGAUGUGUGCACCGCCUUCCCGAACAUCAGCGGCCACCCAAUACCGGUCGUUGAUCCGCCUCUAGCGGACGACCCGACAUCCGCGGAGGGUGCGGAAGGAGACGAGGGUGAGACUCCGAGGAAGCGGCAGCGGCGACUCUGA